AUUAAAUCCAAAGUGAACCUAUACACACACAAGACACAACACAGAGAGAUAUAAUCUGGAAAAUCAAAAUUUAAAAAGAAAACCCCCCAAAAAAUGAAAUCCCAAAAACCAAAUAAUAAUAAGAACGCAAAAAAUCACAAAAAGAAAACUAAUACACCACCAUUUUCGCACUCUCUUUCUCUCUCCUCUCUUCCCCAUUCUCUCUCUCAACAACAAUGGAAUUUCCGCGUUUCGCCGGGAUCCGCGUUUCUCGAUAACGCCGUUUCGAUCUUUGUAUGCAUUGAAGAAGGAAUUUGAGAUUUGAUUUGUGAUUUGAGGAAAUCGAUUCAUAUUGGUAAGGUUAUAAAACAAUAAAACGAUGUCGUCGAGAGGCGAACAUCAAACGGUUCCUUUAUCAGUAUUGUUGAGGCGAGAGCAGAAUAGUGAGAGAAUUGAGAAUCCAGAACUUAGUUAUGGACAAGCUAAUCAAAGCAAAAAAGGCGAGGAUUAUACGCUUUUGAAGACCGAAUGCCAACGUAUUGUUGGCGAUGGUGUUACCACUUUUUCAGUUUUCGGGAUGUUUGAUGGACAUAAUGGAUCUGCGGCUGCAAUAUAUACUAAAGAACAUCUUUUAAGCAAUGUUUUAAGUGCGAUGCCAACAGAUCUUAACCGAGAUGAUUGGGUAGCUGCGCUUCCAAGGGCCUUGGUUGCAGGAUUUGUGAAAACUGAUAAAGAUUUUUUAGAGAAAGGACAAGCUUCGGGAACUACUGUUACCUUUGCUAUUAUUGAAGGAUGGUCUGUAACUGUAGCAUCGCUGGGGGACUCGCGUUGCAUAUUUGAAUCUGCGGAGGGUGAGAUUUUUAGUUUGUCGGCUGAUCACAGGCUUGAGAGCAAUGCAGAAGAGAGGGAACGGGUCACAGCCUCUGGGGGUGAGGUUGGUCGGCUUAAUACUGGUGGUGGAACAGAGAUUGGUCCCUUGAGAUGUUGGCCUGGUGGCUUGUGUCUAUCUCGAUCAAUUGGAGAUAGGGAUGUUGGCGAGUUUAUAGUCCCGAUCCCUUAUGUGAAACAAGUGAGGCUGUCGAAUACUGGUGGUAGGCUUAUUAUCGCCAGUGAUGGUGUUUGGGAUAUUUUAAGUUUUGAAGCAGUAGUUGAUUGCUCUCGUACGAUGGCGGCAGAGACUGCAGCUGCUCAUAUUGUCAAGGAAGCAGUGCAGGUAAAGGGUCUCAGGGAUGAUACAACCUGCAUUGUGGUUGAUAUUUUUCCACCAGAGAAGAAUCUCCCUCCUAUGCCUGCCACAAAAAAACCAGUAAAAGGAGUAUUCAAGGCCAUGUUCCGGAAGAAGUCAGCUGAGUCAACUUCCCAUUCUGAAAGAGAGUAUGUGGAACCAGAUAUGGUUGAAGAGAUAUUUGAAGAUGGAUCUGCAUGUCUUACAAAAAGGCUGGAUACCAAAUACCCACUUUGCAAUAUGUUUAAGUUGUUCAUGUGUGCAAUUUGUCAAGUUGAGAUUAAACCAGGAGACGGUAUUUCAGUACAUGCUGGCUCUUCGAAUCGAAAAACUCGCCCCUGGGAUGGUCCUUUUUUGUGCCAAAGUUGCCAAGAAAAAAGAGAAGCCAUGGAAGGGAAAAGACCGUCUGGAAAUAGAUAUAACAGUGAUAGCGACUAGUUGGCAUUAAUAUCGGAAAGUGGUUCGCAAAUUCCGAGCUUUUGCUAUGCCAGUGAUGAAGAAUGUGGAAAAAUGAAGGUUUAUCAGUUGCUUCAAUUUCUCUCUUUGACGUAUAAAGAGUUGAAGCAUCUGGGUUCAUUUGGGUUUGCUGUUUGGACCUCUUCCCUCCUUAUUUGUUGUUUCAUGUCGGAAUCUCAUAUUUAGAAGUGGCUAACCUAAUUUAGGCAUCUGCUUCUGAUUGGUGAGUGUUUAAAAGCAUGCUGAUUACGAGAGCCUCCCUCGAAAGUUUAGUGGAAGGUUUGAUAAACCCUCUUUGCUUGCUGCUCGGCUGAAGGAGGUAUUGGGUCUCUUUCCUGCUUCUUUUGGUCAAUGCAGCUAUCGCCUAUCUGUAUACAUCCAUACAAAGAAUUCCCUCUGUAUACUAUGUGAAAGGGGCAUUCAGUUGUACUAGCUAUACAGAGUUAAGUACGUACACAUAGGAUUCAUUAUAGAUCAAAAUUUAUUUGAGCUUACUCAACCAAUUUGUUAAAAAAUAUAGCACCUGUUUUAAGAAUUUUUAAGUAACUAGCUAGGAAGUUGUUCACAUUUCUAAUGCAGUAGAGAAGUUCAUGGUUUGAUCAAAUUAUAGAUCUCUUUUAGUACAUUUUUGUUCAGCUCCAGUUGUUAAUCACAUUGUUGAAGGUUAAUUAUGCGUGGCUUAUGUAAUCAAUUUCGCUAUGCAAGGUGGCAGUCAACUUAGACAUGUGCAAUAAUAUAAUAUUUCGUUGUUGGAAAUUCUUUAGUCAAUGACAAUGAUAGGACAGAAUGUAAUUGAUAUUUAUUAUUUCUAGUUUUAUUCAUUGAUUAUUAUUUACCCAACUAA